AGAGGAGCUGGUUACUGGGUUAGUUAGGAUCAGAGAGACGGGUUGAUUGGACUUUUUUUUCCAUAAAUACAUUGGGUUUAAUGGUUUCUCAUAUGAAAACCGAUUGUCUGCGGUGGCGGAGAGGAUGAUCUUCUAAAUGUAUGGCAGAUUUACUUUCCAGAUGAAAUUCACAAGCUUUAAGGAUUUAAGCAUUGGGCAACAUGUGAACUGUGUAUUCUCUUUAUGAUUACAGUGGGCUUUAGAUAUGGUUUUUAAACAGGUCCCAGGUGGUUGUAAUUUGAAAAUCUAUUUGCAACCAGAUGGCAGUGUUGGAAGAUGAAUAAUGGAUCUAUGUUUGGAAAGAGAGAUUUUUUCUGAAAUUUCAGUGUAGUCUCUUCCUUUAAUUGUUUCCAAUGGCUGGUGAAUCAGACAAUGUGAAAAAGACAGUGGGUGAGGGAAAAGGGGUGCAUGAGAAGUCUGUAUUCUUGCAUGGAAAUUUGGAUGUAUGGAUUAAGGAAGCAAGAUCUCUUCCUAAUAUGGACUUAGCAUCUGAAAGGAUGAGAAAAUGUUUUACGAUGUUUGGGGCUUGCAUUUCUCCCUUUGCCAGAGAACUCAGAAAGAAUCUGCGUCAAGUUAUUACAAGUGAUCCUUACGUGUCGGUUUGCCUAGCAGGGGCGACGGUAGCUCAAACUAGAGUAAUUGCCAACUCUGAGUACCCAUCAUGGGAAGAGCAUUUCUACGUCCCAGUGGCCCACCCUAUAUCAAAAGUGGAAUUCCAGGUUAAGGAUAAUGAUGUUCUUGGAGCUCAGCUAAUUGGAGUGGUGGAUAUAUCUGUAGAGAAGAUCCUGCAAGGGGACAAAAUUGAUGGUUGGUUUCCUAUUGUCGGUCCAUAUGCCAGUCCGCUUAAACCAUAUCCUGAAUUGCAUCUUUCUUUGCAAUUUAAGACUGUCAGAGAUGACCCUUUAUAUAAAGAUGGUGUUGGUGCUGGGCCAGAUUACUCCGGAGUGCCUGGAACAUACUUUCCACUCCGCAAAGGUAGUAAUGUGACCCUUUAUCAAGAUGCUCAUGUGCCUGAUGAUAUGCUACCUGAGAUCCUACUAGAUGGUGGAAAAAUUUUUCAGCAAGGUAAAUGUUGGGAAGAUAUCUGCCAUGCCAUAUUGGAAGCUCACCACCUGAUUUAUAUUGUUGGAUGGUCCAUCUACCACCCUGUAAAACUUGUAAGGGAGCCAACGAGGCCAUUAUCCACAGGAGGUGAACUAUCGCUUGGUGAGCUGUUGAAGUACAAGUCACAGGAGGGAGUUCGUGUGCUUAUGAUGGUUUGGGAUGACAAAACGUCUCAUGAUACAUUUCUUCUUAAAACGGAAGGUGUCAUGGAAACUCAUGAUGAAGAAACUCGAAAGUUCUUCAAACACUCAAGUGUCCAUUGUGUGCUUUCUCCCCGUUAUGCCAGCAAUAAGCUUAGUAUUAUCAAGCAGCAGGUUGUUGGAACCCUCUUUACACACCAUCAGAAGUGCAUUAUUCUUGACACCCAAGCUACUGGAAACAAUCGGAAAAUAACCGCGUUCAUUGGUGGUCUCGACUUAUGUGAUGGUCGCUAUGACACUCCUCAACAUAGGCUCUUCAGUGAUCUUGACAGCGUCUUUGCAAAUGAUUUUCAUAAUCCUACAUUUCCUUCCCGUGCCCGAGGACCAAGACAACCCUGGCAUGAUUUACAUUGUAAAAUUGAGGGUCCUGCUGCACAUGAUAUAAUGACAAAUUUUGAGCAAAGAUGGAGAAAAACUACAAAAUGGAAAAAGUUUGGGAUAAAGAAAGUCACACUUUGGCAUGAUGAUGCUAUGCUAAAGCUAGAACGCAUUUCAUGGAUACUCACUCCCUCUACUUCGGCUCCUGAUGGUGAUCAUAAUAUUUGGGUUUCUGAGGAAGGCGAUCCAGAGAAUUGGCAUGUCCAGAUAUUUCGGUCAAUCGAUUCAGGAUCGGUGAAGGGAUUCCCGAAAGUUGUUCAAGAAGCUGAGGCACAGAAUCUUAUUUGUGGAAAGAACCUGAAAAUAGACAAGAGCAUACAUUCUGCAUAUGUGAAAGCAAUAAGAUCAGCACAACACUUCAUUUACAUAGAGAAUCAGUUUUUCCUUGGUUCUUCUUACUACUGGCCAUCAUACAAAAAUGCAGGUGCAGAUAAUUUAGUGCCUAUGGAGAUUGCCCUGAAAAUUGCUAGCAAAAUCGCUGUGAAUGAGCGUUUUUCGGUGUAUAUAGUUAUACCAAUGUGGCCUGAGGGUGUCCCAACCAGUGCUGCUAUGCAAGAAAUUCUUUAUUGGCAGAGUCAAACAAUGGAAAUGAUGUACAGGAUUGUUGGGCAGGCACUUGAAAAGGCAGGCCUAGCUAACCAAUACCAUCCGCAGGAUUAUUUGAACUUCUAUUGCCUGGGUAAGCGUGAAGAUGGUGCACCAGAAGGUUCCGCACAAACAAAUCCGUCUUCUGAAAACAGUGCACUGGGAUUAGCUCAAAAGUUUCGCAGAUUUAUGAUUUAUGUCCAUGCCAAAGGGAUGAUAGUUGAUGAUGAAUAUGUAAUCAUGGGAUCUGCAAACAUUAACCAAAGAUCUUUGGAUGGUUCAAGGGACACAGAAAUUGCUAUGGGCAGUUAUCAACCAUGUUACACAUGGGCAAGAAAGAAUUGUCAUCCACGAGGCCAGGUAUAUGGUUAUCGGAUGUCUCUCUGGGCUGAGCAUCUUGGUAUACUAGAAGAAUGUUUUCGCGAACCACAAACUCUUGAUUGUGUUAUGUGUGUUAAUAAAUUAGCACAACGUAACUGGAAGUCAUAUGUGUCUGUGGAGAAUAAUAAUGAAAUGAAGGGACACUUAAUGUCAUAUCCAGUCAAGGUGUCCAGGGAUGGGAAGGUUGGGCCAAUGCCUGGCUAUGAAAGCUUUCCUGAUGUGGGAGGUAAGAUUCUCGGAGCCCCAACCAAUCUUCCUGAUGCUCUAACGACAUGAGAAGUCCAUUGUACUCCAGAAGAAAAUCACCUAAGGUCAACCCCAAAACCCAUGGAAAAAAAUCAGACCUUGA